CGGAGUCCUCUUCAUUCCCCACCUUCACAAUCUCUUUCUCCGUCCCUCUCUAUCCCUCUCUCUGCAUCGAUCGAAAUUCCGUUCAAGUUCUCACCGGAAAACUCAUAAAAUCUCAGGCAUAUUUGCGAUACUCGCCGGACUUCUCUUCGCCUAAACGAUCAAAACAAUAUACAGCCAUGAAUCCUGAAUAUGAUUACCUCUUUAAGCUUUUGCUCAUUGGAGAUUCAGGUGUUGGCAAAUCAUGCCUCCUCCUGAGGUUUGCUGAUGAUUCGUAUCUGGAUAGUUACAUCAGCACCAUUGGCGUGGACUUCAAAAUCCGCACGGUGGAACAGGAUGGUAAAACCAUUAAACUCCAAAUUUGGGACACUGCUGGACAAGAACGUUUUAGGACAAUUACUAGUAGCUACUACCGUGGGGCGCAUGGCAUUAUAGUGGUUUAUGAUGUGACCGAUCAAGAGAGCUUUAACAAUGUCAAGCAGUGGUUGAAUGAAAUUGACCGCUAUGCAAGUGAGAAUGUAAAUAAGCUUCUAGUAGGAAACAAGUGUGACCUCACGGCACAGAAAGUUGUGUCAUAUGAGACAGGGAAGGCGUUUGCUGAUGAAAUUGGCAUCCCUUUCCUGGAAACAAGUGCCAAAAAUGCUACAAAUGUGGAACAAGCUUUCAUGGCCAUGGCUGCUGAGAUCAAGAACAGGAUGGCAAGCCAGCCUGCGAUGAACAAUGCCAGGCCUCCGACAGUGCAGAUCCGAGGACAACCUGUGAAUCAAAAAGCUGGUUGCUGCUCUAAUUGAAGGGCGACAGAAUUGGUUGCCCAAGGAUGCAUUUCCUGUAAAACUAGUCUCAUCUUUUCUUUUUUUCCCCCCCCCUUUCUUUACCCUCAGCUCCCCGUUUCUUCUCUCUGAAAAAGAACUCAUUGUGAUUUGUUUUUAUAUCUGGUGCUUCAGAACUUUGUUAAGACCUACAUUCUUUUCAAUGUACUUGAUUUAAAAGAUUGCUGUACAAAGUAGGAAUAUUAGUGAAUAGUACUUACUUUUGUCAA